AUGGUGAGGCAUUCUUUCCCCGUUCUGAAUCAACAAUUCCUUGUGGAUGAAAAAUAUCAGUUUAUUCGAGAGCUCGGACAGGGAGCAUAUGGAGUCGUGUGCGCUGCACGUAACACACAGACUGGAGAAGGUGUCGCAAUUAAGAAGGUUACCAAUGUUUUCAACAAAACUAUUCUUACAAAACGCGCUUUGCGUGAAGUGAAAUUGCUACAACACUUCAGAGGACAUAAAAAUAUCACGUGUCUUUACGACAUGGAUAUUAUCAAUCCAACUGAUUACAAUGAAAUAUAUCUUUACGAGGAAUUGAUGGAAGCCGAUCUUCAUGCAAUCAUUCGUUCCGGACAACCACUCACAGACGCUCACUAUCAGAGUUUUACUUAUCAGAUCUUAAGCGGAUUAAAAUACAUUCACUCAGCAAACGUGUUGCAUAGAGAUUUAAAACCUGAAACACAGAGUGGAAGAAACAUAAAACUAAAAGUUCCUUGGACUCAUGUAGGAAAUCUCCUUGUAAAUGCCGAUUGCGAGCUUAAGAUCUGCGAUUUUGGGCUUGCUCGGGGAUUCUCGGAGGAUCCCGCGGCAAAUUCUGGUUUCAUGACUGAAUAUGUUGCUACCAGAUGGUAUCGAGCCCCUGAAAUCAUGCUCAGUUUUCAAAGCUAUACAAAAGCCAUUGACUUAUGGUCCGUGGGGUGCAUCUUAGCAGAGUUGUUAGAUGUUGUGGUGCGUCAAUUGCUAAGAUUCACUGUGAAUAAUUGUUUCCUUGACGAGCAGAAUUUUGAUAAAGAUGUUGACCAGUUAAACCAAAUCCUUCAAACCUUGGGAACGCCUAGUGAUGCCACCUUAACGAGAAUAGGAAGCGCAGGAAUAUAUCCUAAUGAACCAAAUGUUAAUCAGUUAUAUUAUUGUAUGGCAGCGCUUGAUUUGUUAGAAAGACUUUUAACUUUUGAUCCCGUUCAGCGCAUAACGGUCGAAGAAGCAUUAGAACAUCCAUACCUGGCAGUUUGGCACGAUCCUAAUGAUGAGCCAUCUUGCAUCGAACCAUUCGAUUUUUCAUUUGAAUCGGUAGAUGAUCCUGAACAAAUGAGAGUAAUGAUUGCGCAAGAAGUCUCAGAUUUCCGUGCGUUGGUCCGACGUCAUCAGGUACCUCAACUUAGUGUCGCAACUGGGGGUAAAUCAUCCAGUUUGUCCAAAAUUCCCGACCGUGACACUAUCCUGAAUUCUCCCACGGUAGUACGUGGUGAUAUAAAUGCGCUUGCCGCAGAUCACUAUCAGGCACCUCCAUCAAUGCAUGGAGUUGCUAUGAGUGAAGAUUUAGAACGAGAAUUGAGCGGCGCGAUGGAUAUGUCCUAA